GGUAUGCUAUGUUGUGCAUCUAACCGUCUGUCACAGUUUAAUCUAUGUAAGAAAUAUUAGCAACUUAAGAAACAGCCCCCUGCACUGUAUAUUUACUCUGCAGCUGCCUCCUCGUUGAACUGGAAUCACUUCUGGAUUUGAUUUGGACUAAUCUGACUGCUGAAUAUUGCUAGUUGCUGAGUAUUUUGUAAAUGAGACACAAUUUAGAAACUUGCACCACCCUGAAGCAUUUUGAAAGUUAACAAUUUUUUAAAAGUCUGCAUGACAGAAAGAAGCUCAAGGCUUGCUUGUGAAAAUGGCAAAACACAUCAGGGCUGCUUUUCCUAAAACAUUGGAAAUACUGAACUAACGCACAAACUGUCCUGGUCGUCCUAGACCAGAUCUUGCCAAAUUUACCGGAGUGAAUCAACAGACAUUAUUCACACACAGGCUAAGUGACACUUAGCAAACCAACGAGGUGCAAUCAACAGGUCCUCCUUCAAAAUGAACAAAACAAUUAUUUGUCCGGAAGAGCUGAUGAUAAAAAUGCAUAUCAUCAUAAUUUAUCUUCAUUAUCAUGAUCAAAAUACUUUUAUUUGGACCCUUGCAUUGCAUGCUUAAAUUAAAACAAAGUUCAGUCAUCUGUGCUUAAAUGCGAAUGGAUCCAUCAGUGUACAAGGUAAUAUAUUUUCUACAAGUAACCUUAAGUUUCUGUAGCAAAUUGAAGGGGGGGAUGAUAUACAUCUAGGUGCUUGACUCUUUUAUGGCACAUACAUUAAAAACAUCAUCAGGUGUGUUGGGGGAGGUGUUUUGGAAAACUCUAUGUCAUCAUGCAUUUUAGAGCAGACAUGGUAAAUCUAUUCAUCAUGAAAUGAAGACCACCACUGUAUUUGCAGAGCAGAAAGCCAGGCUUUCUUUUCUGGAUAAUAAAUGAUCGCAGUGCUGGAAGUGAGUCAGACUGGCCAGAAGACAAACUAUCUUUCAUUCCAGUCUUCUGGAUUCACCUGUACAUAUUCAGGUGCUCGGCAGAAAUGGGUUUUGUCUUCAAGGCUGAAAGACCCUUUAGUUUAAUUUAGGGGCAUUUCACUGGACUUCCCCAAGAAAGUAAAAUAAAUUUGCUAGUGGUUACAAGUUGUAAAAAGCUGUUAAAAUACACAGGUUCUGCCUCAUUUCCAGUGAAAUGCUGCGACUUAAGAACACUCGUUUAUUGUUACACACUACGCUCCCAGACUGUCCAGGUAGAUGAAAUUGGAUACCCUUUCGUAUUCCUUUAAGCAUUUCAUUAUCAUUUACGGGUUGUUUUGCGGGACAGGGAGGGGGAACCCAAAACCAAAGCCCUGGGAGAGAAGUACAAUCUAACUUUCAGCAAUGUGCAGCUGAAUGCAUUAAGAGAAAGAAAGAAAGAGAGAGAGAGAGAGAGAGAGAGAGAGAAAGAAAGAAAGAAAGAAAGAAAGAAAGAAAGGACUCCAUUUGACCUUUGACUCAGGAGAGCCCUUCUGGUUUUCUGUUGCUACGGAAACAAGUUUCCUUAAUGGCAGCCCCAUCAGAGGUCUUGUAGAAAUUUGUCUGAUGCACCCCCUCGAUGUGGUGAAAACCAGGUUCCAAAUUCAAAGAGGAAACACUGAUCCAACCAGAUACAAGAGCCUGGGAGACAGCUUUAGGACCAUAUUCCGGACAGAAGGAUUGUUCGGUUUCUACAAAGGUAUACUCCCUCCAAUCUUGGCUGAAACUCCCAAAAGGGCAGUAAAGUUUUUCACCUUUGAACAAUACAAGAAAUUACUAGGAAAUGUUUCACUGUCACCAGCACUGACAUUUGCAGUUGCUGGCUUGGGAUCCGGGCUAACAGAAGCAGUUGUGGUUAACCCUUUUGAAGUAGUCAAGGUUAGCCUCCAGGCAAAUCGGGAUGCUUUCACAGAGCAGCCAUCUACCUUUGCCAAAGCUCGGCAGAUUAUUCAGGCCAAUGGGUUGGGGCUCCAGGGACUCAACAAAGGCUUGUCUGCUACUUUGGGACGUCAUGGAGUUUUCAAUAUGGUCUAUUUUGGUUUCUACUUCAAUGUGAAAAAUAUCGUUCCCGUCAGCAAGGAUCCGACCUUGGAGUUUCUGAGGAAAUUUGGAAUCGGGCUAGCCUCAGGAACAAUAGCCUCAGUUAUUAACAUCCCUUUUGAUGUUGCAAAAAGUCGGAUUCAAGGACCACAGCCGGUUCCUGGAGAGAUCAAGUACAGGACCUGUUUUAAAACUAUGGCAACGGUCUAUAAAGAAGAAGGUUUUCUAGCCUUGUACAAAGGAUUGGCACCUAAAAUCAUGAGACUAGGACCAGGUGGUGCAGUGAUGCUUCUGGUUUAUGAAUAUGCUUCUCGGUGGCUUCAAGAAAACUGGUGAUCAAAGACAUAACUCCCAAGGCAGCAGAUGGUUUAAAGCAAUGUCUGUUAAAAUAUGUUUCAGUAUCAAAUUGGAAGCAAAUAUAGCACAAAUGGAUAUGGAGCCAGUAACCCAAUCCACCAUUUUAGCCUGGGGCUUUCUAUAGGUGCUUUUUAUGAAGAAAAAGACAAGCAAGCCUGGGCUUCAAACACACUUUAAUGUAACAUGUAGUGUGACUUUAAAUGAACUGAUUUCCCCAGUUGUUAUUACGUUUAUAUCAUUUUUCUGUGAGGUAGGGCAUUUAGGACACUGGUUAUCAAUCUGUAACUUUUCAUAGUGAAACGAUUUGUAUUUUUUCUUCAAUAAAUUUGGAUUUUAACCCUG